UUUUCUUUUUCUGGAUCUUUCGCUUUUAUCCUCACACUUUCCCCAUUUCUUUACUCUGUUCAAAUCAACGAGCUAAUUUUCCGAUUAACAAUGGAGGACUGGGGCCCAGUUUUGAUAGCAGUGGUGCUGUUCGUGCUGUUAACUCCGGGUCUACUAUUCCAGCUUCCCGGCCGUGGAAAAACGGUUGAAUUCGGGAACAUGCAAACCAGCGGCGUUUCCAUUUUGGUCCAUGCCGUAAUUUACUUUGGCCUCAUCACUAUCUUACUCCUUGCCAUUGGCGUCCAUAUCUAUGUCGGCUAAUGUAGUUUUUACCUUCACUAUUUGUAAGUUUGUAACAAUCUCUCUCAGAUCUUUAUUAAUCUCUCUCUUGCUUAUAGAAUAGUAGCAAUUGAUCUUCCAUUUUCGAUUUCUUAAUUUGCUACUACCAGAUUGUAUCAAUUGGGUGAACUGUUAAUACUUAAAAGCAUUAUGCACUGCUUCUCUAAAUUUACCUU